AUGUCUCAAGGAGAGGCCGGUGCCCCGGUGGGUGCCCCAGUGGGCAGGGGGCUGCCCGCAGACGUGCUGGCAGAGCAGGUGGAGCUAUGGUGGUCCCAGCAGCCGAGGCGCUCGGCACUCUGCUUCGCCGUGGCCGUGGUCCUAGUGGCCAGCUGCGGGGCGGGCGGUGUGGCACUGCUGUCCUCCACCAGCAGUCGCUCGGGCGAGUGGCGGCUGGCAUCGGGCACAGUGCUCUGUUUGCUAGCCCUGCUGGUGCUGGUGAAGCAACUGAUGAGUUCGGCGGUGCAGGACAUGAACUGCGUGCGUCAGCCCCACCACGUGGCCCUGCUGCGCAGCGGCGGAGGUGCCGAUGCCCUCGUGGUGCUGCUCAGCGGCCUGGUGUUGCUGGUCACAGGACUGACUCUGGCCGGGCUGGCUGCCGCCCCAGCCCCCACCCAGCCGCUGGCUGCCAUGCUGUCAGUGGGCAUUGCUCUGGCCGCCUCAGGCUCACUCCUGCUGCUUGGCUUGUUGAUGUAUCAGGUUGGCAUGAGUGGAUACUGCCCCCUCCUUCGAACAGCUGCCCCCUCCACCUACGGCGGCCGAAGUGGCAGUGGCAGCAUCUUCAGCAUCUCAGGGCAGCUGUCUGCCGGCCAGCGUCAUGAGACCACAUCCAGCAUCGCCAGCCUCAUCUGA